AUGGAUAACAUUGCAAGUUCCCCACUUCAGUGCACACCACAAACAAGAUAAAACAACAAACACCACAAACAAUUGUUUGCCUUGUUACUCUUACUAGCCCCCCUCACCCUUCACAACUCCAUUGCUGAUUUUCUGUAUCAUAAGUAGAACAUCUCACUACCAAUAUUAUACUACUAGUAUAACCAAGACAUAAACUGCUACCACAUAAAUUAAUUAUAUAUGGGCAACUGUGCAUCUUCCAAACGGAUCGAGGCAAGUGUUGCCUCGGGUGCUUAUAGACCUGCUCUGGACUUCGACAUUAACAACAUCCAAGAGCCAUGGCGUACGGCACAACAAGACGAAGAUGAGGAUGAGGAGGAUGUUGAGGAUGAAAUGAAGAAAGUGGCCUCAUCCCCUGUAGCUUUAGACAAGCUCAACAGGUCCCUUGAAGCUGAUCAAGAAGCUCCCCCUCCUACCUGGGAACAAGUCAAAAAAGACUUGGAAUUCAUCAAGCCCACGAUCCAACCCACCAUCCAGAAACCCACAGCAGUGAUGCCCUCUAAGCCCACCUCCCCUGUUGCUCCCCUGCCACCCAAAAAGAUCAAACGCAAGAGCUUCUCCUUUCACACGCUGGAGGAGCUCGAUACCAGAAGGCCCUUACCAGAAUCCGCCUCUGUGAGCAGUGGCUUGAGGAAAAUUGAGUCCAUGAACGAUGUCAGCGGCUUGAGCUCGGUCAAGGCCGGUUUGAGGAAGACUAAUUCAGUCAAGCAAGGUGGUAAUUCGAGACCCGAGUCCACUGGGAUAGACUCAGAAGGGUUCAAGCCGGUGAGACAGAAUAUUUUCUUGCUCAAGGAUCGGAUGGAGAGGCAAAAAGAAGGGAAGGAAGGCGGGUUCUUGAGGCGAGACCCGCUGAGUGAUUACCCUGAGCUGUGUCCUCCAGGCGGAGCUGAUUUAGUUGUCGUUUACACAACCUCAUUGGGUGGCGUAAGGCGGACAUACGAGGACUGUUACAAAGUGAGAUCAAUCCUGGAACUGCACCGCGUGGUAUUCGAUGAGCGAGACGUGUCGCUGCACGGGGAUUUUCUGAGCGAAUUGAAGGAGCUGGUGGGAGAAGGAGCUGGAGUUCCGAGGCUGUUUGUGAAGGGAAGGUAUAUAGGAGGAGUUGAUGAGGUGGUGAACUUGAACGAGACGGGUAAGCUGAGGAGAAUAUGGAACUGGGUUGGGGUGGAGAGGGGGAGUGGACGGCAAGGUUGCGAAGGCUGCGGUGGAGCACGGUUCGUUCCUUGUUUGGACUGCGGUGGAAGCUGUAGAGUGGUUGUGGUUGUGGAGGGGAAGACUCAGAAGCAGAAGUGUCCUGAGUGUAAUGAGAAUGGUUUGAUGCAUUGUCCUGCUUGUUUGUAAAAUGUAAUAUGCCUACAUCUCAUUAAUCAUUUCCUUGCCAAUGCCAAAUUUGUAAUGUACCAUAGUUUUGUUAUGAAUAUUUGCCAGGAAACUUGAUGCCCUGCAUAUUUGUCA